AUGCUACCGAAGAAUGGUGGGCUGAAAAAAUACAGGAAAAUCCUGAUUUUUAAAGGAUUUAAGAAGAAAGGAAUUGAGCCACGAUUGAAUAAUUUAAUGUGGCAAAUGUUUGGUGGCAUUGUAGCCACCGGAGAGAAUGCAUGGGCACCUUCGUCUAACGUUCUUCCAAGUGGGGUUCCUAUGGGAGAUGAUACACCUAAUGAGGGAUUUGGUGAUUCAGAUGAAAAUAGUAAUGAGAAUGAAGGUAUCCCUCCUAAUGAGGUACCAUCAAACCCUUCUCAUGAAACUCUUAAUCGAAGAAAGGAAACACUUGGGGUUGUACACAGUAAAAGAAAAAAAUCAAGUUCAAGUAGAAAAUCAUCAAGAAAUUCAUUAGCUACUCAUAUUGAGAAAUUGUGUGAGAGUAUGUCUAGUCCAAGGAAGUUCAUUGUUGCUGCAGAGAGAAAAUUGAUGGGCUAUAAUCCUCCUUGGAGACCUACAUUUCCAUAG